UAUUCAUAUUCGUGACAUUAAUGAUGAACCACCCUAUUUCAUUAAUCGUCCAUUACCAAUGCAAGCUGUGGUCCAGCUCAAUGCUGCACCUGGAACACCUGUCUUUAAGCUUCAGGCUCGAGACCCUGACACUGAUCACAACAUCCACUAUGUUUUAGUUCGUGACAGGACUGGUGGCAGAUUUGAAGUAGACGAGAGAUCUGGUGAACUGAGAACUCGAGGAAAAGAACCAUUCAUGCUGGACAAAGAAUAUGUAUUGUAUGUUAAGGCAGAAGAUCGAAAUGGAAAGGUCAGCCAGUAUAAAUACCAAUCCACCUCGGAGAUGAGACUGUCAGUGAUGGGAGGGAAACGUGCGCCUCAGUUUUACAUGGAAAAAUAUGAGACUACUAUUCCAGAGAGCCAAAAAAAAGAUUCAGACGUUAUUGAGGUAAAGGCCAAGUCAUUUGCUGACCGGCAGAUUCGAUACACUUUACGAGCCAAAGGGUCAGGAGAAGGCACUUUUAAUAUUGACCCCAGUGUUGGCAUUGUCAAAUUGGCCAAGGACCUUGAUUAUGAAGAUCUUCGCCAGCCUAAAAAAUACUCUUUAGUGGUAACAGCAACAGAAGAUUCUGGGGGAUUUUCCACAUCUGUUGAUUUAACAAUUACAGUGAAUGAUGUAAAUGACAAUUCUCCACGUUUUGAGCUUCCCGAUUACCAGGCUCAUAAUGUAGAUGAAGAUAUUCCACCUGGAACUUCAAUUUUACAGGUUUCUGCAUCAGAUUUGGAUUCUUAUGAAAAUGCUCAAAUAACAUAUACAAUCCAAAGCAAAGACUUCACAAUUGAUAAUCGAGGAACCAUCUAUUCAAAUAAACGACUGGAUGCUGAUGUUAACAACACAUAUGAGUUUACAGUAGAAGCCACUGACCAUGGGGACCCUCAACUCACUGGCACUGCCACUGUCCGUAUCUAUACAGAAAAUAAGAAUGAUGAGUUCCCCAAGUUUAGUCAGGAUGUGUACACUCCCAAUGUAGAUGAAAAUGCAGGGCCUAACACAUUAAUAACCACUGUAGUGGCUAGUGAUAAGGAUGGAGACAACAUCCAUUUUGGAUUUGUGGGUGGGGGAACUGUCUCGGGCAUGUUUCAGAUUGAAGAACGAACUGGGGUAAUCCGUUUGAUUAAUGGGCUCAUCCAGUUAGACAAAGACAAGUAUGAGUUGAAUGUUACUGCUCAAGAUGAUGGAUCAUGUUGUAAAGAUGGUAGCCUGACACCCCACACAAGCACAGCAUUGGUUGUUGUAUUUAUUACUGAUGUUAAUGACAAUAAACCUGAGUUUGAGGAAUGUAACACCUACUCACCCACAGUGGAGGAGGGAGCCCCAAGUGGAACCACUGUCAUUAGAGUUAAAGCUACUGAUCGAGACAAAGGACACAAUGGACUAGUUCAUUACAGCAUUGUACAGCAACCUAAUCAGAAAGGCACCAAAUUUUUGGUGGAUGAAGUUUCUGGGGCUGUGAAGACUAACAAGGUAUUUGACAGAGAAGGGGAAGAUGGACGGUUUGUGAGUGUGACAGUAAAAGCUACUGACCGAGGUAAUCCUCCUCUAGAGGGAGCUUGUUCCUUUAAAGUUGAGAUAACAGACAUCAAUGAUAAUCCUCCACUUUUUGAUCGGCAAGAAUACAAAGAACAUGUGAAACAAGAUACACCUGUUGGUACAAAUAUUCUGCGUGUCUCAGCUUCAGAUGAAGAUGCUGAUGAUAAUGGAGCUGUAAUGUACAACCUAUCUGCUCCAUAUGAUCCAUCAGAUAUCACAUAUUUCAAGGUCAACCCUGAAUCUGGAUGGGUUAUCCUUCAGAAAUCACUAGAUCGUCAACAGUACAAUCUGCGAGCUGUUGCUUUAGAUAAAGGAAAUCCACAACAUCUGACUACAGUAGAAUUAACAAUAGAAGUAGUGGACAGAGACAGCAAUCCCCCAGUGUGGGAUCAACCUAUCUAUGGACCUAUAAUGAUUAAAGAGAACCUUGGACGUGGGGAAGUGGUUACAAGUAUUAAAGCUAGGUCCGGGAUCCCAGGUGACCCAGCAGUUUUUUACACAUUGAUGAAAGGAAGCACUGAGCAAACAAAUAGCAAGGAUACCUUUUAUUUGACUCCUCGGCCUGAGAGUUAUACUGAGAUGUGGGCUGACAUCAUAGUUAACUAUCCUUUAGACUAUGAGAAACUUCAGCAGUAUAAUCUGACCAUUAGAGUUGAGAACAAUGGUGUAAACGUGUUAGCAGCUGAAUGUACAGUUUACAUCGUGCUGGAAGAUGUGAAUGAUGAAAUUCCAUUAUUUAUUGAAACAGAACAAGAAACAGUACUAGAGGGCAUGCCCCCGAUGACUAAAGUGACCACUGUGACAGCUGUUGAUAAAGAUGGAACUUAUCCAAAUAAUAAGGUUUAUUAUAAAAUUGAAGAAGGUGGUGAUAGAUACUUCACAAUUGACAAAGAAACUGGCACCAUUUUCACGAAAAUAGAAUUUGACAGGGAAGAAAAACAAGCUUAUGCUAUUAAAGUUUCUGCCGAAGAUGGAGCCCUGUCUGAUCGUCCUCAUGAGAAAUAUGGGAUUCCAAAGCCAAACAAAGUUACCAAAUACAUAAGAAUUGGUAUUGGUGACAAGAACGAUAACCCACCAUACUUCGACCAGGUCUUGUAUGAGGCUGAAGUGAACGAAGACGAAGAUAUUCAACACACGGUGAUAACAGUAACAGCUAAGGAUAAGGACGAAUCUUCUCGAAUCCGAUAUGAAAUUACGCAAGGAAAUAUAGGGGGCGCUUUUGCAGUGAAAAAUGAAACUGGUGCUAUCUACGUUGCUGGACCUUUAGACUAUGAGACGAGACAAAAGUACAAGCUGCGCUUGGUAGCUUCAGAUAACCUUAACGAGAACUACACCACGGUUGUUAUCCGUAUUAAGGACGUGAACGAUAACCCGCCCGUCUUCGAUCGAUCCACCUACGAGACACAGAUUAUUGAGGAAGAUAAUAGGGAUUUACCCAAACGCGUGCUACAGGUCACAGCCACAGAUGGUGAUCGGGACCGUCAUCAGGCAAUUGUCUACUUUCUGACAGGCCAAGGGAUCGAAGACAAUAACCCAGCCCAGAACAAGUUUGCAAUCAACAGCUCGACAGGAGAGAUCUACGUUCUUAAACCGUUAGACCGUGAUCGCCCACUGGGCCGCUCAUAUUGGCGCUUUACUGUAUUUGCUGAAGAUGAGGGAGGUAAUGGGCUGGUGGGUUAUGCAGAUGUUCUUGUUAAACUUAAAGAUAUCAACGAUAAUGCACCCAUUUUUCCGUCAGCUCUGUAUGUUGGCAAUGUGACGGAGGAUGGGCCAGCAGGCAUGACAGUAAUGACCAUGACUGCCACUGAUUAUGAUGACAUAAAAGAGGGUGAAAAUGCAAAACUGACAUAUUCCAUUGAACAGAAUCCAGUUAAUGAAAACGGAGAGUUGAUCUUCGCAAUAGACAAAGACAGUGGAGUCAUCUCCACAGCAGUGUGCUGCCUUGAUAGGGAGACCAAUCCAGAGUACACCAUUAAAGUUGUUGCUACAGAUGGAGGAAGACAGUCAGGAACAGGCACAGCUACUAUUAAAGUAAAAGAUAUAAAUGACAUGCCUCCAAGGUUUACCAAAAGUAUAUGGAGCGUGAAGGUGGAUGAGACUGAUGGAGACAACAUCCCCCAAGAGUCUAUUCUUGUUGUAUCUGUUAAUGAUAAAGAUCUACUGGAAACCAAUCGUUUCAGCUAUGAAGUUCUUGAGACUGCUUUUGGUGCUGACAAGUUUACAAUGCUUACAAAUCCUGAUGGUACUGGCUCAUUGAAAAUAACCAAGCCACUUGAUUUUGAAGAUAUUAAUCAGAGAUAUGGUUUCAACAUAACCAUUCAAGUCAGUGAUGAUGGUGGCCAGUCAUCAGACCCACGUCACAUUGAUCGAGCACAAAUUCAGAUACGCAUUCGAGAUAUCAAUGACAAUCCACCAAAGUUUUUAAAAGCCAAUAUCCACGAAGUAGUUCCAGAAGAUGCUGAAAUUAAUAAGAGUGUGACAAAGUUUACAGCUAUAGACCCUGAAAAUGGAGGCACAUCCACAGUUAGUUAUGCUAUUGAGCGAGCUUCAGAUAGAAAAAGACAGUUUAGUAUUGACCAGAAAGGUGAAGUAAGAGUACAGAGACAGUUGGAUCGGGAAGAUAUCCCCCGAUAUGAAAUUAAAGUUUUGGCCAUAGAUGAUGGAAUACCUGCUCUCACUGCUACUGCCACUUUGACUGUGACUGUAGAUGAUGUGAAUGACAAUGCUCCAAGGUUUCUUAGAAAUUAUCGUCCAGUUGUCUAUGAAAAUAAACCACCACAAAAGGUUGUAGAAAUUCGAGCAACAGAUGAUGAUGAUAGGUCAAAAAAUAAUGGCCCUCCUUUUACGUUUCGCAUGGACUUCAAUGCACCUCCUUCAAUAAAAAGUUUCUUUGAAGUUGAAAAUGAUGCUGAUGGUGCUGAUGGAGAUGGUAUGGCAAUUGUAAGAUCGAAAGUAGAGUUUGAUCGAGAAGAGAAGAAGGAAUACCAUGUGCCUAUUUUGAUAAAGGAUAGUGGGGCUAUAUCAAUGACUGGUACCAGCACAUUAACUGUGAUAAUUGGUGAUGAAAAUGACAAUCUUAUGCUUCCAGAUCAUAAAGACAUUUAUAUAUAUACAUUUAAAGGACAAGCUUCCAGCACUCCGAUUGGACGAGUACACGUAACUGACUUGGAUGACUGGGACCUUCCUGAUAAAGUCUUUGCUUGGGACAAUAAUGUACCACAUCCAAUCUUUGAGUUGGAUCCAGAAACUGGAAUGCUGACAAUGAAAGAAGUAACAUCUGGGGGCAAAUAUUCUCUGUCCUUUGAUAUAUUUGAUCGUCAGCACACAAAAUCUGUGAGAGCAACAGUAGAUGUUACUGUACAAGAAAUUCCAGAAGAAGCUAUCUACAAUUCUGGAUCCAUCAGGAUCCUUGGAACUUCUGCUGAAGACUUUGUGCGUGUUCUUGAUUGGAAGAGCCAAGCUGUGAAGAAAAGCAAGUUUGACAAGUUCAGAGAUACUCUGGCAAGAGUAUUAAAAAUUGAUCAUAAAAACAUCAAUAUUUUUACUGUGUAUCCAAAACAAGAAGAACCACCCAUAGCUGACAUUAGGUUUGCUGCACAUGGCUCUCCUUAUUACAAAGCUAGCAUGUUAAAUGGAGCGGUGGACUUAAACCGAAAACUGAUUGAACAGUCAGUGGGAAUCAACAUCAUCAUGGUAGGAAUUGAUGAAUGUUUGUAUGAAAGUGUCAAUUGUGAAGGAAGCUGCACCAACAGACUUGUAAUUGAAAAUAACCCUAUUGUUAUUAAUGCUAACAAGACUGCAUUUGUUGGAAUCAAAAGUUGGGUGGAACCUCAAUGCAUGUGUGGAGCACGGGAGUUCUCCGAACCAGAGACGUGUGGGAAAUUUCCUCCAACAUGCCUCAAUGGUGGAAGAUGUCAAAUCAUUGGGAGUGGCAUAAAAUGUACUUGCACAAAAGGAUUCACGGGACCACAGUGUCAACAGACGACUCGUUUCUUUAAUGGAAAUGGAUGGGCAUGGUUCCCUCCACUGGAGCAAUGUGAAAAUUCUCACUUCAGUAUGGAGUUCAUGACUAAAGCAGAACAUGGAUUGCUACUGUACAAUGGACCUAUCUCUGAACCUGAUAAUGGAGAGGAAGGUGUGCAAGAUUUUAUAUCACUGGAACUCAGGAAUGGAAGACCAAGAUUACUCAUUGACUUUGGUUCUGGCACAGCAGAAGUAAUUGUUAAUACUAAGGAAUCUUUAAGUGACGGAUUUUGGCACCAGCUAGAUAUAUUUUGGGACAGAGAGAAUGUGCGUUUAAUGGUAGAUCACUGUGUUGACUCUGACCAUCAAAACACUGACCCGCCCACCUCAGAUAGGUCCAGAUGUGAAGGGAAAAAAACAAUACCCCCAUUUAAUGAAUUUCUCAAUGUGAAUGGUCCACUGCAACUUGGAGGAGUCCACCAUAAAAUAUUGAAUUUUAACUGGAACAAACAACACAUGCGCACUGGAUUUGAAGGAUGUAUUAGGAAUGUUAUUCAUAAUAGUCUGUUGUAUGAUCUGGCAUCACCUGGAAGUUCAGCUGGCAGUCAGGUUGGAUGUCCACCAAGUGAUAGAAAAUGCUUUGAUAAUAAUAUUACAUCGAAUUGUGAAAAUGGAUAUUGUGAAGCAUCAUAUCAUAUGGCUGUUUGUGUUUGUCACCCAGGCUGGCAGGGUCCUCAGUGUGAUAAGCCAACUCAAUCUAAAAUGUUUCAAAAAAGAAGCUAUAUCAAGUAUGCCCUUUCCUUCACACCUGACUCCUAUAAGACAGACGUUCAACUACAGUUUCGAACUCGACAGAAACAUGGUGAGCUAUUCAGAGCUACCAGUAAACAUGGUCGUGAGUACUUUAUCUUGGAAAUAAAAGAUAAAAAACUGAGGCUUCGAUUUAACCUGAAUCCUCACAGAACAACGGAUGAAAAAGAAUUAUGGCUGCCUCACGUUAUGGUCAAUGAUGGUCAGUGGCACUCAGUAAAAGUUUUGAGACAUGGCAGUACUGCUAGUAUCACACUCGAUGGGGGAGGUGGCCGUCGUUACAAUGAACUAUUAGAUUAUCAUAAACAACAUCAAGAAAUGGAAAUUGAAAAGCAGAAUGUGGUUGCUGGUGGUGAAGUUCAGUAUGUUGGUCCAGGAGUUACAUUAGUGGACAGUGACUUUGAGGAAGGUUGUAUCAGUGAUAUUCGAUUAGACAAACGUUUCCUACCAAUGGAAAAUGGCUCUGAGAAUGCAGCAGUAAUAGAGUGGAAUAACUUGAUCCAAGGAUGUCCAUCUAACUACCCCUGUAAAGGAGUUAUCUGUCCACCUCCUUUUUUUGCAAGGAUAUGUGGCUUCUUCAUGAAUGCAGAUGUCCCGAUGGCUUUGUAAAAACCCCAGAUGGACAUAAUUGCACUGAUGCAGAUGAAUGUGUCUUUGGUCCUUGCUUUAAUGGUGGAAGCUGUGUGGAUCUACCAGCUGGA